AUGGUGCAGCCUGUGGGCGCUGGUUCUCGGGCAGUGGUGAUUGGCGUGCAUGGCGCUAAUGAUUGCAGCUUUAUUGAUAGGCGACUGCACGUGCUCGACUAUAGCGGGAUAAUAUUUAUUUCGGCAUAUCUUCUGCUUUUUUACAUCAAUGGGGCGCAGGAGCCGGGCUGGUGCGCUGUGACGAAGGAUUUGGAAGCUAACAGGUACCAAAAUGAGCAGACACCCAACCAUGGAUUGGCCAACGCGUGUGACAGUAAUUCAACUGGCGAAGAAGCUUGGCUGGCUGCUGGUGGUGAUGGGCCUGCCGAGGGAGAACCACCCGCAAAGAGACCCCACCUCGAGGAAGGGCCGUCAGGUUCCGUCGGGUCUCAACAGAUACUAGUGGGCUCUCGUGAAGAGGGAGGAAGUGCCGGUGAAACAAUGGCACACCAAACUCAGGUGGCUCCGCGUCCUACUGCCCCACCUAUGCCCUCCAAAGAGGUCAAGGGAAAAACUUGGACGGACAGGGACCUAGGGGGAGUUGCUGCACUGUUGGAGCUUCAGGGAGGGGGGAAAGUUAAAGUUCAUUUGGGCGCUGUAGGCGGUGCUGCAGUGGGAAGAGUGUUGUAUGUAGAAGGCACUGGCCCACCUUCGACAGAGCCCACCCCGGAAGGCGCGAGUGCCCGAAGGAUGGCUGUCCCGAUUGCUGCUUUCCUGGCAUCCCAACCCAGCGCAGCUCCACGCCACCCUAGAAUCGCACCUAAACGUGUACUUGGACGUCCGGCUGUGCGUGAGCGUCGCACUAGAGAGAGUAUGGCUUCGCUAAUUGUAGCUUCAAUGAGAAAUGGACCUAAUGCGGCAGCUCGUAGGCCUGUAGUUACACCUGCUGCUGGAGUUGAGACUGGGACUGCAGCUGGAACUGCAGCUGGAGAUGCAGCUGGGGCAGCAGGCAAUUUAUCUUCUGGACCUUCAACAGGGGCAGGGGGUGAACAUGCCUGGCGUAAUCCUUUCCUUUACCUGCCAUCUGUAUUAAGUGAAAACCCUGUACACUUUGAUGGCUACAAAGCUCUGCAGAAUGGCACACCACCUUUGGACCCAGUGCCAUUAUUGUGCACUGCGCACGAGCUGCUUACUAGACCGGUUCUUACAGAACUACAAGCCAAGAUUUUGGCGAAUGCAGCAGAACAAUUGGUGAGCCACUCACUGUAUUUCCAAAAGCGUCCACUCCCUCUCAGCCGGCCUUCACGCGCUGCUGCAACGCUGGGAGUUCGCUACUUAGUUUUUGAAACCGUUGUGGCGACGCUACUUGCUCUAGGGGAUCGCCUUGAAGGAGAGUGGUGGGACAGGUUUUGUAAUGAGGUUCCUCACUCCUACCCAUAUUUGCCUGUCUUUCCUAGUGGGAGAUUGGAUGUGGGGUACAACAGAAUGCUCCUUAACACUUUGGCUCUCACUGCGAAGCGCGGGCUCAACUUCGUUCAGCUGGGGCUCUGUAUAGAGUUCAGAUUUAUCCUAGAAGAAGACAAGAUUGGUCAGGGCGACGGCAGCAUCAACACUGCAGCAGUUACUACAGUGUGA